AUGGCUAUCACGGUUCGAAAGGUCGUUGGCGUCGCGUUAUCGACGUUUGCUCUUUGUUUAGCAACAUCGGUGGAACGUUGCGAGAGAGCAUGUUUGGAAAAUUUCAUCUCGGACUAUCUGAAUGCGCUGGUAGCUCACGAUCCAUCGAAGUUGCCAACAACACCGGACGUUAAGUAUGUCGAGAAUGAUCAGAUAUUGCCGCUUGGGUCAGGCGAAUGGCACAUCGUCGAGUCGCUGGGCAAAUAUAACCAUACAUUCUCAGAUCCCGAGGCUGGUCAGGUCGCGACCAUCACUACUAUCGUCGAGAAUGGCAUAGGUGCGAUAUACGUGGUACGCCUUAAGGUGGAGUCGGAUGGAAAGAUUAGCGAGAUCGAAACACAGAUCACGCGUGAUUCUGGUGGUUUCGAUCUCUAUGAGCAGAGAGGUCAACCGGAACCCGUAUGGUUCGAAGCCGUGGCACCGGAGAACAGAAUAUCCCGUGACGAGCUGAUCUCCCAAGCCGACAAAUAUUACACCGGUAUGCAGGGAAAUGAUCCAAAGGGCGAUUAUACCUUCUUCGAUAAGGAAUGUAACCGUCUCGAGGAUGGUCUUCAGACGACCAAUAUAAAGACAGGGGAUCCUUAUGGGCACUCCAAUGACACAGUAUUUGCGUCCUUAACGUGUGAGGAGCAGUUCCAAACAGGGUUCCUUGGCGGUUUUGCUAUUACCACGCUUGACCACAACGGGACGGUGAGGAUGUUGCCUAGCGUCAAUGGCACGUCUUCGCCUAUUCCACCGUACUUCGACACACCCCGUACGUUGAUUGUCAUGGAAGCAUUCCGCUUAAAAGGCGAGAAAAUAUACCGCAUUGAGAUGACGCUAACCGAAGUCCCCUAUGGUAUGAAGGCGGGAUACCCUCAGGACCCACCAGUGGACCUCAGCGGACCAGGCACCAACUUCACCGUUUACCCAGAUCCAUGUGAUCGGGUCUGCCUUGAGAAUGUGGUGGGAGAUAUACUGAUGUCACUGAGAGUUCAUGAUCACACGCGCUUACCUCUUGCAAAAGGCAUCCGCUACUCGGAGAAUGGCCAAUUUCUCGCUUUGGGAGAUGGACUGUGGGAGACCUUGGAGGCAAUUUCCUGGACAGACAGUUACGCCGUAGUCUUGGCGGAUGAAGAAAGAGAGACAGCGGGUUACUGGGGGUUUUCCCAAGAACAUAGUGUACCCGGCGUGCUCGCGCUACGGAUAGCAGUCAGCGGCGGGCAGAUAACCGAAAUCGAGGCACUAGCCGUGCGAGCGGAAACCAACGACAGUCGUGGCGGAACGAUGACGCUCAUGCGCCCGCCUCUGCCGGUAGAGUGGGAAGGAGAUGAGUCAGCAGUAUUUGACGCCGCAUUCCAAGAGCGUAGCAUUGACGGUCUUGAGAUUUCGCCAGAGUUGUUGAAUACAUACUUCGACGGUUUAGAGAAGCAUUCGAGCGAGGGAGUGCCAUUUGCCCCGGGGUGCACUAGACGGGACAAUUUGAUUCAAGCGAAUUUAACUUGCGCCGAUCAACUCGACGGCAAAGGACAAGCUCUGAAUGGCCUUCCAAUUGAUACAACGGCAGUCCGUGACCGACGCGUUCUCGCGGCUGACAAGAAGAGAGCGAUCGCGUUAGCUGUCGCUUUGAUCGACGAACCAGGGAAUAGUCCUAGCCCUAGUCCAUUGCCUGAGACGACACGUAUUCCAGGCACCUAUAUGGUUCCACAGCUGUUCAAGAUUAAUAACGGGACCAUCAUUCGUGUCGAAAGCGUGGUUAAGUGGAUGCCUUUUGGAUAUACAUCUGAAUGGUCGAGGCUGGAGGAGUAG